GGAACUGUACUGAAAAACGGCACGGAAACCUUUGAAGCCUGGGAGGAUCCUCCUCCACCAGUCUACAUGCAGUUCUACUUUUUUAAUGUGACAAACCCGUUAGAAGUGCUUCAAGGCGAUACUCCUCUUGUAGAGGAAAUAGGGCCAUACACCUACAGAGAAUACAGGCCAAGAGUGCAUGUUCAGUUUUUGGACAAUGGUACCAAAGUAUCUGCUCUGAAUCCAAAGACAUACGUUUUCGAUCCUCAGAAGUCAGUUGGUGACCCUCAAGUGGACCUGAUUAGAACAGUUAAUAUUCCUGCAGUGACUGCGAUGGAGUGGACCAGAUCAACCCCUCUUCAGUUUGCCACCGAGAUACUCCUGCUUCUGUACCAAGAAUCCCUGUUUACGGUCCACACGGUUCAUGAAUUGCUUUGGGGCUACAAAGACAGGCUCCUGUCAACCAUUCAUCUUGUGCAUCCCGAGAUCGACCCAGUGUUUGGUUUAUUUAAUAAGAUGAAUGGAACCGAUGACGGAGAAUAUGUUUUCCUCAGUGGAGAAACGAACUACCUUAACUUCUCGAGGAUUGUGGAAUGGAAAGGAAAGGAGUCGUUGAGCUGGUGGACCACAGAGGAAUGUAACAUGAUUAAUGGAACAGAUGGGACAUCCUUUCACCCACUGAUUAGCAAAGAUGAGCACAUAUAUAUCUUUUCUUCUGAUUUCUGCAGAUCACUUUUCCUGGUGUACGACAGCUCAGGAACAGUUACAGGCAUCCCAUCCUACCGCUUCGUGCCCUCUGCUAUGGUGUUUGCCAACACAACGGUUAACCCAGACAACGCUGGAUUCUGCGUGCCGCCAGGACACUGCCCUGGCACUGGUGUCCUCAACGUCAGCAUCUGCAAGCAAGGUGCUCCAAUAUUUCUGUCAGCUCCACAUUUUUACCAAGCAGAUCAAAAGUUUAUAGAGAACAUAGAGGGCAUGCAUCCAAAAAAGGAAUAUCAUGAGACAUUUUUGGACAUCAAUCCUCUGACAGGGCUUGUCCUGCAAGCAGCCAAGCGGAUGCAGAUCAAUGUUCACGUUAGAAAAUUACCUGAAUUUUUUGAAACAGGCAACAUCCGAACUCUAGUUUUCCCAGUGAUGUAUAUAAACGAGAGUGUUCUGAUUGAUGAAGCGUCUGCCACCAGACUCAAGCAUGUCCUGCUGGAAGCCAGCGCUGUAACUGCAAUCCCCUUCGUAAUCAUGGCUCUAGGAAUUGGUUUUGGAAUUGUUUUCAUUGUGCUUGUGUGCAGGUCCCGGGGAAUAAGUGAAGAGAGUACUGAAAGUGAGCGGUCCCCACUCAUCAGGACAUCUUAGUAGAUUUUCUUUAACAUGUGAGCUUGGAGAAUAAACUAUUAGAGCUGACCUAAUACCAACUACCACUACUCAGUGUUGUCCACUGUGGAGAAACGACCGUGUCACGUAUAACUUUUUGUGGCGUAGAAGUGGAAGAGAAUCUGCACUGUCAUCAAGGGAGGAGACUUUUCUUACCAGCUAAGUUACGACUUUAAAACUGCAUUUUAAAACUGCUUGAGAACCGGCUUUUUUCAACACUGCACUCUCUUUGUACCUGCACUGACAGCCAUGGACGAUCGUAACCGCU